AUGGCAAGAAAAUUGCAGAAUGAUCUGAAUAUAAUAGAAUUGGAAUACGUACUUGGUACUUCAGUAGAUAGAAAAUUACGAGCUGAAUAUGGCGUAAUUUCCAAUAACUGGAUAUUCUCAAAAAACAAUGACUACAUGCUCCACUCAGUUCAUUUCAAAACUACGCCAAUUCAACUAGUAGAAUCCCAAUUAGCUCUAGGGAAGCCGCCACAUGGAGACAGAUCACCCAAUUCACUUCCGCUAGGCUCUUUCCACCCCCUCCUCUUCCUCAUACUCCUUAACGUAGAGAAACACCACUACGGCACCCUCCUUCCGUCUCUCUACACACAAGGACACCCCUUCCUCCCACAAAAACAGUUCAACAUGGAAGCUAAUGUCUCCCUCCGCUUAGUACUAAAUCAUGCCACCAUUAACCUAAAUGUCCUCCUUGGAAGGAAACCACAACACACAACUAUGAAAACCAGCAGGACGGUAAUCAGUAUUAUACGCAGCAAGUCGGGCCGGGGCCGUCCUAUCCUCCUUGGGACUAAACGACAGAAAACACUGCAUAUAGGGCUUAGCAGGGAUGAAGUUAAGAUGAAUAAAGUCGUCCAAAGUUUAUACAAUGAACUAUCGCGACUACGCUCCCAUGUGGUAAAUUAUUUCGACACCAUAGUCAUGACAAAAGGACCCAACAAUCAGACCCAGCAUGAUCAGCGCGCUAUUGCCGGGCUAUAUAAAAUAAUGUUGGAAUAUAUGAACACUUUUGGGUUUCACUAUACGCCUCAGAGCAAAGUUGAAGUGUCAUUGAGACUCGAAAUUCUGAAUUUAAAUAUUUAUGAUCGAAGCGCGAGCCAAAGCUACUAUGGUCUUCAGCUAAACGGCGACGGAAAUUGCCCCUGUUCGGUAUCAGAGAUUCUGAAUUUGGAGGGAUUGUCAACCACGUACGCCCGCUUCGCUAGUGCACAUUCCUUCCUUUGUCCCCUGGUUGCUAAUGCAUAG